AUGGAAAUUGAGUUUAUGUUGAUAUUUUGCUUGGCGGAUCGAAUUAUCCAUUUCUCAUUGCUUAUUGAAACAAGAAACCUUGGAAAUGUUUUAUCACUCGCGGAAACCAAUUUGGAUUUUCAAGCGAAGAACGACACAAUUUCUGGAUCAAGAUUUUUGGAGGAUUUUUUGUCAUUGGACCGCAAAAUCAUCAUUAUGUCGAUUCGAGGAAUAAUCAAGAAAUUGGCCGGGCGUACUCCGGAAAAACGACGAAAUUCAAUCAAUUGUCGAUUUUGUUAUUCCGACAGUCUAGCCGUAUAAAAGAUACGGAUUCGGUCGCGAUUUCAAAGAAGCAAUUGAUUUUAAUGGCAAUACAUUGAUCAAAUGAGUGUUUAUUGAAAGGAGUGGAUCAACUUAUGAAAUUGUUAUUAUUUGAACUGACCAUUUAAAGAAUAUUCAAUUUUGUCGAUGUGAAGCUGAAAUAAGGACGUGCAAAUUUGCCAUUUGCCGAACGUCAUGAAUUGGGUCAAUUGACCCCGAAAGGAUCAAAACGUUAUGUGUUAUUGCCUCCGGCACAUUUCGCAAAAAAAGCGAGGAGCUAAAAAAAUCCAAUCAACAAACAAAUGCCGAAUUCAACAUUUGAAAAUGUAUCUGGAUCGACUUCAUUUGGCUAGAUAUUUGGUUUUGAUUUGGAAAAUGUCGAAUUGGAAUUGUUGGAUUUGGAGAUUUCCUGUGAUCAAGUUUCUAUCAACGAAAAUGGACUUCGUCCUCAGGAGGAAUCGAACGCCCACAAAGUUCGCGAUUUUGUAAAUGUCUGAAAUUGAAGAGGAAGGAUGAUAGGAAGGAUGAUCUGAGCGAGGAAUUUGCGAAACAUGGUGAGUCUUUUUUAUAAUUUCGGAAAUUAUUUUCCACCUUUUUUUGUUUUCAAUAGUGAAGAAAAAAAGAUGAGAUUGAAAAAAAAACAAUUUUAAUUACGUGAAACGUGUACACGUGGGCCACGUGACGUGGCAGAAUACGUGGCCGACAGGAAAAAUUGUUGGAAAAUAAAGCCUGUGGUCCCAGAUUUCUCAAUUUUUCGUGCUAUUGAUUUUUCCGAACUUUUCUCGCUAUUUCUCGAAAAUUAAAAAAAAAAGUGCGUGCAAACAUCGUUUCGUUCUACAGUAAUACUUAUUAAUUUUGAAUUUUCAGAAGCCGCUAGUUUCGUCAUUCAUGUAAUGGAAUCUGGACUCGAAAUUGCGAUUUUUAUGAAAUCCACGUGA